AUGGAUGGUGACGAGGUGGCGGACCAUUACUUCACAUAUGAUGGUCGAUUGGCUUCGUUUCACUCGGCGCAGCCCGUGAGGCGGCGGUCAAACGCGAAAGGCAGAGCUCCCAAGGCAUUGACUUGGCCUCACAGGCGGCUCGACCCAGCAAGUCUUGCUCAAGCUGGCUUCUACUUCGACCCCGAACCCGAGUUCACAGACAAUGUCGUGUGUUUUCUCUGCCACAAGCGCGUGGGCGGUUGGGACGAGGGCGACAACCCGAUCGAGGAACAUUUGCGCCUCUCACCGCACUGCGGCUGGGCCAUUGUCGCGGCUAUUGAGGCAGGUGUUGGAGACUACAACAUGGACGACCCAAGCCAUCCCGACAUGAUGGAAGCGAGGAAAGCUACGUUUACCGGAAGAUGGCCGCACGAAGGAAAGAAGGGAUGGAAGUGCAAGAUCAAGCAGAUGGUCGAUGCCGGCUGGAAGCACACACCAACAAUAGACUCUGAAGACAUGGCCACAUGCACCUACUGCCAGCUUGCGCUCGACGGAUGGGAACCCAAGGAUCAACCAAUGCAUGAACACUACAAACGAUCACCCGAAUGCCCGUUUUUCAUUCUGAUUAACCAGUAUCAACAAGGACCCGCCAAGAAGACAGGGCGAGCCAAGGGAGCUAGAGCCUCCAAGGCCUCACGGGUGUCGGCUCAAUCCGUGGCCACCCUUGCAUCUGACGUGACAUCGUUCCUUGAACACCCCGCCGACCACGAAGACAGCGUCAUGACUACAACUUCUGUCAUGACUGCGGGAGGCACCAAGCGAGGAAGGCCGAAGAAGGCCACAGCGGCCAAGGGCAAGAAGACAAGAGGCAAAAAGGAUGAGCCAAUCGAGGUCCUCGAAGACCCCCCUGAAGAGGAGAUCACCCCCCCACCACCACCCAAGCCGACUCGAGGACGCAAGCGAACUAGUGAGGCCGUCGACGACUCGGUCUUGACAAAUGCCGAGGCACCUGCGCCGAAGAAGAGGGCAGGACGUACCCGUGGUAGUGCCGCAGUGGUUGAAUUGUCCAUCUUAGAACCGCAGCAUGAGGACAUCGUAGAUGCUGUCCCGGCGCCUCCUGCCAAGGUAUCACGGAAGAAGGGUAGGGUUUCCAACAAUCGCGCGCGUAAGGCCUCGAUCGCGUCUACAACCUCAGUUGCCUCAUUCCGGAGUGCUGAUGAGCAUGCGAUGGACGAUGAUGAAAUAGAUCGUCAACUUCUGGCUGAUCUAGAUCGACCCUUGUCCGACGAUGGAAUGCUUGCAGCGGAUUCCGAUUCCGAAAGGAAGAAGGGACCGGCCGCCAAGGGCAAAGGCAAGAAGGCUGCCGUAAAGAAGAGUACGGCAAGCCAAGACGCGGAACUUUCGCGCGAUCACGCCAUGUUUGAUCCGUCUCCUGUUGACGUCGAUGACGCCGAUAUCUCGGCAGAAUUGAAGGACCUUCGCAUACAUAUGGAGGUUGAGAAAACCGAUAAGCUGGUGGUUCCCAAGAAGGGUCGCAAAGCUGCCACCACUAGGAAGGUUUCAAAGCAAACCAAGAAAGGAAAGGCCGCCGCCCAGCCGGAACCUGAGCCGGAACCCGAACGUGUCACAGCCGUCGAGAAGCGUGCUGCUGACUCUUCUGAGGAUGAGCUGAGUAUGAUGAGUAAUGCUACCGUUAUCAAGAAAUCGAUGGCCGCUGCCGCACCCGCUUCUAAAAAGCGUGGCCGUCCAAAGAAAACCAGCACACAGUCUCAAGCUGUCGAGGAAGACCGUCAACCCGAGACACUACCCAAGGCUCCUCGCAUGGACUCUGCCGAGACGGUUGAGGAGUCUACUACGCCGCCGCCACCUGCCGAGGAAUCCACCACACCUCCACCGCCUGUCGUGGAAUCCACUACACCUCCGCCGCCUUCCGAUGAACAAGAACCUCACCUUCCUUCGACACCUCAAGCUGCCACCUCGCCCGCACCAGCCGCAAGGCCGGCCGUGAUCUCACCAUCACGAUCACCCCAGUCUUCGGAUGCAGAGAACCAACCACCAUCCUCGAGGCCUUCCAAUGCGGCUAAUUCGAGCCAAUUGGCACCAGCCCCAGUUGAAAUCGCGAGUACACCCAUACGGUCAUCACCUAUCAAGCGCAAUGUAAAUAUCAUAUCUGGCUUGCAAAGCUCUCAGCCCUGGUCGGCCGUUGACCUGGACGUUGUUUUCGAUCACUUGAGCAAAGAGAACGUCAUCCCUGAUGGCUCGGCUCUGGAAAAGGGGUUGCAGUUGACUAGCCCGGAGAAGAAAAUGACUGUGGAAGAGUGGAUUUACCACAAUGCAGGCUUAGCGGAAGCCAGGCUCAAGGGCGAAUGCGAGGCCAUGGUGUCGAAGUUUGAGAGCGAGGGUGGCCGGGCUAUGAGUGUGCUUGAAGGCUUGGUUGCGGAGUAA